CGCAAAAUCAUUGAUCCUUUUUCUCCCUUUUAUCUCCAUCCUUCUCCCACAACAGAGACGACUACAUGCUGUGACUUUGUCUUGAUAUUUUGUUUCAUCUGUACAGAAAAGAGGAUCUAAAGCCCCACAGCGUCUGUCUUCCUUUAGGCAGGGAAACUAGAGUCCUGAGUGAUCAUCCACAGCCUUCAACCUGUUUUUUUUCCUUGUGACUGAAGAUUAUUGUUUUAUCUAGCAUCUAAUGUUUCCGACACUUAAGGCUCAGCAGCAAACCAGCGUUCACAGUUUUUAAUGCCUUUUCUUUCAUACACUGCUGCAGGGUAAUACAUUCACCGAUGGAUACAUUCCCUUAUACUGUCAGAUUUGACAGCAUUUAAAAUAGAAGUUACCAGAACUAGAAAUGCUUCCACAAUGUUCAGUGAUUUGUUUAUUUCAGUGGAGAGGAGUUGAUGGAAGGAAACAGCUUCAAUCAGGAACUGGAGGACAUCAUCAGAACGGUUCUCGGCAACCUGGACAAUCUCCAGCCUUUCUCCAGUACCCACUUCAAUGUCUUCCCUUAUAAGAAGCGAUGGGAGGGAUUAUCUAAGGUGAUGUGCAAACACGAGGAGAAGAACCUGAGCGCCUACCCUUUCAUUCUCAUCCUCUACCUGGAGAAAAACACACCGAAUGGAACACAUGCAGAGAAGAGGCUGAGUCCAGAGAAAGAGAGAGAGCAUCGCUUCUCUGUUUCUAAGCCCCAGUCCAAGCGCACUAAGACAGACUCACCACUAGAGGAGGCCAUACUACUGGAUUUAGUCAAGGAGUUGGAGGCUGAGAGCAGGAUUUCCAUGGUGGGCAGGCUGCACGUGGACAAUCCACAUGAAGAGGGAGAGGUCAAAGAGGAUCCAGGACAUGUUGUCAAGCCGAAUCUUCCCUUUCUCCUUGUUCUUCAGAGACGACUAAGAGACAGGAAAGUCAAAGUAGUUCUCGUAAUGGAGUGUCAUCAGGGUUUGGGUGGUGGCACAAAACUAAUUGUUUGGUUUAGUUUUAGUUUGGUUAAACUUGUUUUGAUUUCUUCAUGAACUAUAAUCUAUAGAUUUGUUGGUUUGUCUUCAACCUCAACUGAUUCCUUUUUACAUUUGUAUUUGUCAGUACAGUUUUUUUAAAUGUCC